CGUGACCAUAGAAAGUGACAGACCGACUGAGUUCAUGAUGACGUGAUCCCAAGGUCGGCCACUAGAGAUCAGCACUCAAGCAAAAUUCACCCCAAACCAAAGACUCGAGAUCUGAAUCUGUGUGUUGGAGCAUCGGCUUACAGAAGAUGGGGGAAGGCAUACCCAUUGGCCUAGCGCAUCAAAGCCCCCUAAUCAAUGCGACUAUAGAUGCCAGUGUGUGCGGAAGAGAUGCGCUCACCGACAGUUAUGGUUGGUUUGUGCAGGCCCUGCUGGCUUCGCUGGCCUUUGGCCUUUUGAUAUUAAAGAGAUUCUGCGAGCCCAAGAAGCACAGGAGAUCAUGGCUGGUCUGGUUCUACGACACCUCCAAACAGGGUCUGGGAGCCAUGAUUGUCCACUUCUGCAACGUGUUCUUGUCUGAGGCUUUCAAAGGAGAUCCGUGUACAUGGUAUAUCAUCAGUUUUCUCCUGGACUCCACACUAGGCUUAGUCAUCAUCUGGGCUGGAAUCAGACUGAGCAUUUACAUAGGGCAGACGAAGGGCAUGCCGACAAUCGUCUUCGGAGAAUAUGGCCGGCCUCCAUCCAUCCGCGCGUGGGGUCACCAGUGCGCGCUGUACGUGGGCAUCAUGGUGGUGGAGAAGGUGCUUAUUACCGGCCUUUUAGCCUUCCAGUUCUGGUCCAGUGUCAGGGAUCUCAUCCUGGCCCCCAUAACCGAUCCUCAAGUGCGCGUGGCCGUGGUUGUGCUAGUCAUUCCAUUCUUUGUUAAUGCACUUAUCUUCUGGGUAACAGACAACUUCUUGAUGCUGAAGGUGCGACAAAUACAUAAUGACAGUGUAGAGAGUGGAUACAGUGAGGUCUCUACCUCUGGCUCAGCUAGGGGAUUCUCAAAGGUCCGCUAUAAGAGACAUGACGUGCAGCAAGAAGAUGAGUCUGACAUCCUCUUGUCGUCAUCUUCAAAUGACGAUGAGCUCCUCGGCAGAAACGAAAACCUUCAGGAACGUCAUGUCAGCCGCACCCUGACAUAACUGCGGCAUAACUAAGGCCUUAAAGAUGUAGUAGUUAUAAGGGUUUUACGAAAAGAACGGCUUGUUCCUUGACAGUGGUUUUAUUUAUUUAUUUAUUAAUUAUUUAUUAUUAUUAUUAUUGUUAUUAUUAUUAUUAUUAUUAUUAUUAUUAUUAUUAUAAUUAUUAUAAUAAUUAUUAUUAUGGUUAUUAUUAUUAUGAUUAUUAUUUUUCUUGUUCUUUUUUUUCUUUUAGAAAGUCAAGUGUAUAUUUUGCUAGUCCGGCCUUAAAAGGUGUAUAUGUGAAUCACACUAGUAUGUGUUUUGAAAUACAUGAGUCCUUAGAAAUUUCACCACUCUUUGCCUACCAGGGAGAAAAAAAGUGAUAUGUGUAGUGGUGAUUUUCUUGAAAUUUGUGGUUCCUUAUGAG